GAACAGGACAUGCCCAUAGAGCAGUUACUAGCCAUGUAUGGGGGAUAUCCACCAGAGGAGGGAGAGGGAGUCGAGGCGGAGACUGAAGAACAAGCGAAUGGUGAGGGAGAAGCCAUCCAGGCAGAAAACGAGAACGAGAACAGUAAUGAAGUAGAAAUUGAGAAUGUUGUCGAAGCUGAAAAUGAAGUGGAAGAGCAGGAGGAACCUGAAGUUAUAUCUUCGCGGUCCUCCACCUCAGAGGAAAAUGUAAAUAAUCAUGAUAAGGAGGUUAAACCAGAAGUAAAGCCUGAAAGAAAAAGGAGAGAGAAAACUUCUGAACUAGCACAGCUUUAUGCCGACAUGGACACCAACGGUGACACACCCACAACAUCCUCAUCACGAUCACUAAGAUGCCACAAACCUGUCGGGAUACUCUCAACUGUUGGGUCGAGACAGCAGAGUGAGGAUGAGGAGGAAGAGGAAGGCGAGUAUUCUGGGGAGGAGGAAGACUGGCACAAAACAAUCAUGAUUGGUGCAUCGUACCAGGCACAAGUACCGGAGGGCCUCCAAGCAUAUGGUGCGACACCACCUUAUGAGAACGAAGAUAAACUACUGUGGGAGCCUGGCAAAUUGAGUCCUAAACAGGUACAUGACGGGGAGCAAUUGUUCCUAGAUGACGAAUCUCGUCUUGUGUGCUCUCAGGUGGAAGAAUAUCUGCGCGCGUUAAGCCAUCCCCCUCCUGGGUCUCAGGGUGUUGCUGCCAUUCCUCUUGGAAAACACGUUCGAGACGACGAGCAGGCUUUGUAUUUGUUACUACAGUGCGGGUAUAAUGUAGAAGAAGCCUUAAGGAGGCAUAGAAUGAACCCCACCCCACUUGCCUCCACAAUGACUCUAUGGUCUGAAGAGGAAUGUAGAAAUUUUGAAAAUGGCCUUAAAACAUAUGGUAAAGAUUUCCACCUAAUACAACAAAAUAAGGUGCGAACGAGAUCGGUUGGGGAGUUAGUCCAGUUUUACUACCUCUGGAAGAAGACCGAAAGACACGACUUGUUCGCAACGAAAACUAGAAUUGAAAAGAAGAAAUAUAUAGUUCAUCCAGGCACUACGUAAGUUUCUUGAUUUUUGG